GCAGAUGUCGGUGCGAUGAGGUGCAUCGUCGUGGUCGGGAAAUGGGGAAAAAAGAACAAGAAAAGGGGCGAGAGGGAGAGAAGAAGGGAAGAAAGGCUCUGUGCGGUCUACGCACGAGAGGGACGAAGGAGAAUGGCGAUUUCUCGACCACAGAGCUGUGGUACUUGUACCCUGUACGCCGAGAUACCGCCCACGAUCAGACGCCCGAUCGUGCUUUUUUCGGGUUUCACUUGCUGCAGCGCCUUCAGAU